CGAAUAUUGUAAUCCCCAACCCAACCCACGACCCGACCAAUUAUUAUUCUUAUUCUACUCAAUUUAGUGGCAACAAAAGAUUCUCUCUUCUCUUCUCUUCUCUUCUUCUCACCGUUUAAAAUCGUUAGUUAAACAAACAAACAAGAUAACUAAGAGAGAGAGAGAGAGAGAAUUGACAGCAGGGUUGAUAGACGAUUAUGGACUCAUCAUCAUCAAAAUCGCCGCGAUUUAUUACGCAUCAGGCGUUGUUCUCAGCCGUCCGAUCGGGAGAUGUUGAAACGAUCAAACGGAUUGUAAACGAGGAUGGAGAUUCCGAUGGUUUGAUGGGGAUGCAAAACGACGUCGGAGAGACGGUGGUGUAUAUGGCGGCGGAGAGUGAUUCGAUGGAAGUGUUUGAUUACUUGAUUAAGUUUUGUGAUGUUGAGAGUGUGAAGAUAAGGUCUAAAGCUGAUUUUAAUGCGUUUCAUGUUGCUGCUCAACGAGGGCAUUUAGGCAUUGUUAACAAGCUUUUGGGUUUGUGGCCCGAGCUUUGUAAAGUCUGCGAUGCAAAAAACACGAGCCCAUUGUACUCAGCAGCCGUGAAGGAUCAUCUGGAUGUCGUGAACGCCAUUUUAGAUGCAGAUGCUACUUGCAUAAGGAUAGUGAGAAAGAACGGUAAAACUGCAUUGCAUACAGCAGCCAGAUAUGGUAAAACAAGUAUGGUAAAAACACUUAUCGAAAGAGAUUCGGGAAUUGUGGCGAUUAAAGAUAAAAAAGGUCAAACCGCACUUCAUAUGGCUGUUAAAGGGCAGAGUACUGCUGUUGUGGAGGAGUUGUUGCUUGCGGAUCACUCGAUUUUAAACGAGCGUGACAAGAAGGGUAACACCGCUAUUCAUAUAGCUACUAGGAAAUGCCGAUCAGAGAUUGUAACCUUGUUGCUGAGCUUCACCUCAAUUAGUGUCAAUGUAAUCAAUCAUCAACAAGAAACCGCAAUGGAUAUAGCGGAUAAGCUGAACUACGGCCCACCGAAGUUAGAAAUCAUGGAGGCGCUAACUGAAGCGGGUGCGAAACAUGCUCGUUACGUUGGCAGAAUCGACGAAGAAAUGCAACUUAAACGAACCGUUAGCGACAUCAAACACGAAGUCCACUCGCAACUCUUACAAAACGAAAAAACACAAAGACGGGUUUCGGGUAUUGCUAAAGAACUUAAAAAGAUUCAUAGAGAAGCGGUUCAAAACACGAUUAACUCGUUAACAGUCGUCGCGGUUUUAUUCGCAUCGAUUGCGUUUUUGGCGAUUUUCAAUCUCCCGGGCCAGUAUUGGAACUCGGGUGAACAAGCGGGUGAAGCCCAUAUAGCCCACAAAGCAGCGUUUCGGGCUUUUUGUCUUUUUAACGCCACAUCACUAUUCAUAUCUCUUGCGGUUGUGGUGGUUCAAAUCACGUUGGUGGCGUGGGACACGCGGGCCCAGAGACAGAUUGUUUCGGUUGUGAAUAAGUUAAUGUGGGCAGCCGGGAUUAGUACAAGUGGCGCGUUUUGUUCGAUUGCAUUUGUGGUGGUUGGUAAAAGGAGUACUUGGAUGGCGAUUACGAUUACCGUUGUUGGUGUCCCUAUUCUUGUGGGGACACUUGUGAGCUUGUGUUGGUUUGCUUUUAGGCAACGGUUUCGGUCUUCUGGUAACGAUUCCCAUAGGCGGAUUAGGAGGCCGAGUGGAAGUAAGUCGUUUUCGUGGUCGGCGUAUUCGGCUAAUAUUUCGGAUGAUGAAUCUGAUCAUGAGAAGAUAUAUGCUUUGUGAAUGUUGAGCUUGCCACUAAGGGAUCUAUAUCUUGUA